UUCUUCAAUUAAUAAACUUUGCGAUUAAGUGAGGUGAAGAAAAAGAGAUUUUAGCACGAUACGAAUUGGAGAACAUUUUGGGAAUAAAAAUGCCAUUGGCGUUUAGAAUUCGUGUUUUCCACAUUUUUGAAAAAUAGAUAUCUACAAUCUUUGUCUUUUCUAACCAAAAACAUAUAAAAUAGACAAAGAUCCACCGAACUUCUGCAAGUCACCGCAUGAGGUCACACCUGAGCUUUUGUCACUAAACUCUCUGAGAUCAGCUGGAGUAUAGCAAAAUGUAUUAUAGUGCUUUUUGUAUAAUGAUUCUGUUCUGUUCUUUAUUUUCUCUUUCGAGAGGGCGCUUGGGAGGUUGUAUAAUGAUUCUAUCUAAUCUUAGUUACAAGUGAUUCAAAACAAAAACAAAUGGAACUGGAAACAGUACUUCGAAAAUGUGCUGUAGCAAAUAAAUCAGAAGAACAAUUGGAAGAACAUGAAAAAAAAGAAGACGAAUAUUUUCAAAAAAUAUAUGAACAGUGGAAGGGCGCCAAAGCUAAAGAUAAAGACUUAACUUAUAAAGUGAUUCCUAAGUUUUAUUUCAAGCUACCAAAAGAAGAUGAAAUUUUGCCACAAAAAUUACGAGAAGAAACACGAGCUUUAUUCCUGCAAAGGCGUUCACGACAAUUACUUGAUAACAAUGAACUGAAAGCAUUAUGGGUACUUUUGGAUAAACAUCAUAGUCCACCUUUAUCGGGGGAAGAACAACUAAUAAAUUAUGAAGAUUUUAAGAAAGUGGGUAAAUUAGCUGGCACAAAAUGCAACCCAUACUUCACUGCUGUUGUAUUUGCUAAAUUACAGCAGGGCGAUCCUCAUGGUAGAAUUAGUAUAAUGGCAUUGUUUAAUUAUGUUAUGAGAAAAGUUUGGUUACAUCAAACAAGAAUUGGUCUUUCUUUAUACGAUGUUACUGGUCAAGGAUAUCUCAGAGAAUCAGAUUUAGAAAACUAUAUUUUGGAAUUAAUACCAACUUUGCCUCAACUUGAAGGACUUGAAAAAUCUUUUCAUUCAUUUUAUGUUUGUACUGCAGUAAGAAAAUUUUUAUUUUUUCUUGAUCCUCUCAGAACUGGUAGAGUUAGAAUACAAGAUAUUUUGGCAUGUAGUUUCUUAGAUGAUUUAUUAGAAUUAAGAGAUGAAGAUUUACCUAAAGACCUUCAAGAAGCAAACUGGUUCUCAGCUCCGUCAGCUCUUAAAGUGUAUGGACAGUACCUUAAUCUUGAUAGAGAUCAUAAUGGAAUGCUUAACAAAGAGGAACUUGCAGGAUAUGGUACAGGAACAUUAACUGGAGUAUUCCUAGAAAGAGUAUUCCAAGAAUGUUUAACUUAUGAGGGAGAAAUGGAUUAUAAAACAUAUUUGGACUUCGUUUUAGCAUUAGAAAAUCGACAUGAACCACAAAGUUUACAUUAUUUGUUUAGAAUCCUUGAUAUUAAUAAUCGUGGUUAUCUUGACACAUUUUGCCUUAAUUACUUUUUUCGGGCUAUACAAGAACAAAUGACCAUGCAUGGUCAAGAACCAGUCAGAUUUGAAGAUGUGAAAGAUGAAAUAUUUGAUAUGGUAAAACCUGCAGAUCCUUGUAAAAUCACGUUGCAAGAUUUAUUAUCAUGUGGUCAAGGAGAUACAAUGGUCAGUAUUUUAAUAGAAUUCCAUGGUUUCUGGGCAUAUGAAAAUAGGGAAGCUAUGGCAGCUGAUACAGGUGAUGAAUCAUCCCAUGUUUGAAAGAGAAACGUUUACAAAAUAUGUAUGGCACAUUCCAGCAAGAUUUUAUACAAAAGACCAUAUAUGUUUUUAAUCUUUUACAAGUAUUAUUUAUGAUUUGUAUAAUCUUGUAUCAAGACGUUUAGUAAUAUUCACAAAAGAAUUUGUACUAUAUAUUCUUUGUAAUAAAAAUAUUUUUCUAAAACUA